AUGACUACCAUGAUAAGGAGCAAACUGUCCAAUGUGGCCACCUCUGUGUCCAACAAGUCACAGGCCAAGGUUAGUGGAAUGUUUGCCAGGAUGGGCUUUCAAGCGGCCACUAAUGAAGAAGCAGUUGGGUUUGCUCAUUGCGAUGACCUGGACAUGGAACACCGACAGGGUCUUCAGAUGGACAUUCUGAAGACUGAGGUGUCCCCUGGAGAUGUCCCCGCAGAGGGAGAUAUCCAUUACCAAAGAGAUGGCACAGGUCCCCCUCCUUCUGGUUCAAAAGAUGAAGGACUAUGUUCUGAGCUUUCAACGAAUGGAAAGCCUAAAAUCACAGCCUGGGAAGCUGGCUGGAAUGUCACCAACGCCAUCCAGGGGAUGUUCGUGUUGGGAUUACCUUACGCAAUUCUUCAUGGUGGAUAUCUGGGACUGUUCCUCAUUAUUUUUGCUGCAGUUGUGUGUUGCUACACUGGAAAAAUUCUUAUUGCUUGCUUGUAUGAAGAGAAUGAAGACGGAGAGACUGUGAGAGUGAGGGACUCAUAUGUGGACAUUGCCAAUGCCUGCUGCACACCGAGAUUUCCUAAGCUUGGGGGAAGGAUUGUUAAUGUGGCUCAAAUUAUCGAACUGGUCAUGACGUGCAUCCUUUAUGUGGUGGUCAGUGGAAACUUGAUGUACAACAGCUUCCCAACCCUACCAAUUUCUCAGAAGUCCUGGUCAAUCAUAGCCACUGCUGCGCUUCUACCAUGUGCAUUCCUCAAAAACCUUAAGUCUGUAUCCAAGUUCAGUUUGCUCUGCACCUUAGCUCAUUUUGUCAUUAACAUCUUAGUAAUUGCCUAUUGUCUGUCCAGAGCCAGAGACUGGGCCUGGGACAAAGUGAAGUUUUACAUAGAUGUAAAGAAGUUCCCCAUCUCCAUAGGCAUAAUUGUCUUCAGCUACACCUCCCAGAUCUUCCUGCCCUCCCUGGAAGGGAACAUGCACAACCCCAAAGAAUUCCACUGCAUGAUGAACUGGACCCACAUCGCUGCUUGCAUUCUGAAGGGGCUUUUUGCUCUGGUGGCUUAUCUAACCUGGGCAGAUGAAACCAAGGAGGUCAUAACAGACAACCUACCCUCCACUAUCAGGGCAGUGGUCAAUAUCUUCUUGGUGUCCAAAGCCUUGCUGUCUUAUCCACUGCCCUUCUUCGCUGCAGUAGAAGUCUUGGAAAAAUCUCUGUUCCAGGAAGGAACUAGGGCGGUUUUCCCAAACUGUUAUGGGGGAGAUGGGAGACUGAAGUCUUGGGGUCUCACUCUCAGGUGUGCCCUAGUUGUUUUGACCUUGCUUAUGGCCAUCUAUGUGCCCCACUUUGCUCUUUUGAUGGGUCUCACUGGUAGCCUCACAGGAGCUGGUCUUUGCUUCCUGCUUCCCAGCCUCUUCCAUCUUAAGCUUUUGUGGAGGAAGCUUCAGUGGCAUCAUGUCUUUUUUGAUGUUUCCAUUUUUGUCAUUGGUUCUAUCUGUAGCAUUUCUGGAUUUAUACAUUCUCUAGAGGGUCUAAUAGAAGCCUUUAAGUACAAUAUAGAAGAUUAA